CACCAGCACUUCACUGCCAACCUUCUUUCGCUUCUCCACAGUCUUUCGCUACUUCAUUCGUUUCUCAAGGCUAGUCCUUCCAUACAAUUCUUUUCACUUUCCAGUCCAAGUUCAAACAACGACAAACAACAACACCAACCUCAAUCUUAACCUCACCUCAACAUGAAGCUUUCACUCCUCGCCGCUGCUGCCAUUGCGCAGAUCGCCUCCGCCCACUACUUCUUCGAGCUUCUUGUCAUCGAUGGCAAGGAGACCAAGCCUUAUGAGUUCGUUCGUGAGAACACUCGUUCUAUCAAGUACAACCCCACCAAGUGGAAGAACCCUCUCGACAACAUCACCCCCGAUGACACCGACUUCCGCUGCAACAAGGGUGCUUUCGCCUCCGCCAGCCGCACCGGCGUUGCUGAGGUCAAGCCCGGAACCAAGCUCGCCAUGAAGCUCGGUGUCGCCGCCACCAUGAGGCACCCAGGCCCAAUCCAUGUCCACAUGUCCAAGGCUCCCGGCUCCGUCAAGGAGUACGAGGGCGACGGUGACUGGUUCCUGAUCAAGCAAGCCGGUCUCUGCACCAAGGGAGACAUCAAGGGGGACGCCUGGUGCAGCUGGGACAAGAACAACGUUGAAUUCGAUAUUCCUAUCGGCACCCCUCCCGGUGAAUACCUCGUCCGCUCCCAGCACGUCGGUGUCCACGGCGCCCACGAUGGCCAAGCCGAGUUCUACUACGGGUGCGCCCAGAUCAAGGUUACCGGCGACGGCGCCGGCGUCCCAGGCCCCAUGAUCAAGUUCCCCGGUGGCUACAAGAAGACGGAUCCCUCCUGGAACUUCAGCGUCUGGGGCGGAUACAAGGACUUCCCCUUCCCCUCGCAGACUGUUUGGACUGGCGGUAACAGCGGCGGUGCUCAGUCUCCUGCUACCUCGCCUUCUUCCUCUCCCUCUCCCUCUGCUGCUGCCACCAAGCCCCAGGCUACUCCUGCUCCUCCUGCUCCCAAGCCCCAGCCUUCUCAGCCUGCUACCCCUGUUGAGCAGCCUGCCGGUGUCCCGGUCACCCAGCCCAGCAGCGCCCCUGUUGAGCAGGCUCCUUCCGAUGACUACCCUGCUGGAGGUGAUUACCCUGCUGGUGAUGAUUACCCCACUGAGGAGGCUCCCAAGCCUACUCCUGCUACCCCAUCCCCUGCUACUCCUGCCACCAGCAAGCGUCCUUGCAACGGUGGCAAGAAAGCCAGGCGCGGUAGCCGUGCUUUCCGCCAGUCUCUCCGCAAGUAAAAAUGUGGAUGGGUUUCUGGAAAUUCUUCGAAGCAAAGACAUGACAGUUUUCUGAUGUUGAAACGAAGAAGGGGGGUCGUUUGCUUCUGGAAUUUCGAAAAAAACUGAUGGUUGGAC